CAGACCACUAGUUACAUACUAAAGUGGAAGUAUAGAGUUGGUAGAAGCUGCAAACGCGUGUAUCUGCGAGUCUUUUUAGAUUUAGUAUCCAAGAUGGCUCGUGGCCCGAAGAAGCAUCUUAAGCGUCUUAACGCGCCGAAAGCAUGGAUGUUAGACAAAUUGGGUGGUGUUUACGCACCUAGGCCAUCCACUGGCCCUCAUAAACUGAGAGAAUCACUUCCGUUGGUCAUCUUCCUUCGUAAUAGAUUGAAAUACGCUUUGACCAAUUGUGAGGUUACUAAGAUCCUGAUGCAGCGUUUGAUUAAGGUUGACGGGAAAAUCCGCACCGACCCCAACUAUCCUGCUGGUUUUAUGGAUGUUAUUACAAUUGAGAAAACUGGCGAAUUUUUCCGAUUGAUUUAUGAUGUAAAGGGUCGCUUCACCAUUCAUCGUAUCACUGCAGAAGAAGCAAAGUAUAAAUUGUGCAAAGUCAGACGUGUGCAGACUGGUCCCAAAGGUAUUCCUUUCCUGGUAACGCACGAUGGCAGAACUAUUCGUUAUCCUGAUCCUCUAAUAAAGGUCAAUGAUACUAUCCACUUGGAUAUUGCCAGUGGCAAAAUCUUAGACUCCAUCAGAUUUGAUUCUGGCAAUUUGUGCAUGAUUACCAGUGGAAGAAAUUUGGGUCGUGUUGGUACUGUUGUCAGCCGUGAACGUCAUCCUGGUUCCUUUGAUAUCUGUCAUGUUAAAGAUGCUCAGGGGCAUACCUUUGCUACAAGGUUGAAUAAUGUCUUCAUCAUUGGUAAAGGCACAAAGGCAUAUGUAAGCUUACCAAGAGACAAGGGUGUGAAGCUGUCUAUUGCUGAAGAACGCGAUAGAAGACUUGCAGCAAAAGGAGUAAAUUAAUGUAUAUACAUUUUCCAGAAAAGAUGCAAUAAAUUGAAGUUGCACAACAA